UUUGACCAAUCAUAUAAGCCUUUACAUUGUACAUACUAUCACCGGCGAAUCCAACAUGUCUGAAAGAUACAGCUUUUCUCUAACCACAUUCAGUCCUUCAGGGAAACUUGUACAGAUUGAAUAUGCCUUAGCGGCUGUGGCAGCUGGUGCGCCAUCUGUUGGAAUAAAAGCUACCAAUGGAGUUGUGUUGGCUACAGAGAAGAAACAGAAAUCCAUAUUGUAUGAUGAGAACAGUAUACACAAGAUAGAAAUGAUAACGAAGAAUGUAGGCAUGGUAUACAGUGGGAUGGGACCAGAUUACAGGGUAUUAGUAAAGAGUGCUCGUAAAUUAGCACAGCAGUACUACAUGCUUUACCAGGAACACAUUCCUACAGCUCAGAUUGUACAGAGGAUUGCCAAUGUCAUGCAAGAAUACACACAGUCAGGGGGUGUGCGACCGUUUGGUGUAUCACUCCUGCUGGCUGGCUGGGAUGAGGAUGAGGAGACACCAUACCUCUACCAGUGUGACCCCUCUGGAGCAUAUUUUGCCUGGAAAGCUACUGCCAUUGGAAAGAAUCAUGUGAAUGGAAAGACGUUUUUAGAAAAGAGGUACAGUGAUAAUCUUGAGCUAGAGGAUGCCGUCCACACAGCUAUUUUAACCUUGAAAGAAAGCUUUGAGGGUCAAAUGACAGAAGAUAACAUCGAGAUUGGAAUCUGUAAUCAGGAUGGUUUCAAGAGAUUAUCACCAGCGGAGGUCAAAGACUAUCUAGCCUCUGUGCAGUAAUGGAGUUGUGCUAUCAUUGACAUUACUUAGACUGCCUCUAAUUGACACAUUAAAAAAAAAAGAUCUAAAAUUUGGUCAUACAUGCUUGAUCAAAAUCCUCCAAUAUUGAGACUUUUUAAACAAGUACAAUCAGGAUGUGACUCCAGAUGUUGGAACAUUUUCAAUACCAGAGGAAUAACGUCAACAGCUUGAAUUGUAAAAACCUGAGCUACAAUUUGUAACUUUGUGAUCAAACUUAUGUAAAGAUAUGAUAUAUCUAUGUAACAUUGUACAAGUAACACAAUGUGCUGUCACCAUCCUCUCAAUGAAGAUAAAUUCAGACAGCAUUUUCAUAUCCUUUAAUACUUGAAAUGAUUUAAGUAUGUACAUUAAAGAAUAAUGGUAGCAGAAAAAAGUGCUAAUGUUGUUGAAAAUUGUAUUAAAUUGAUUCAGACUAAACUUAAUAUUGAAAAUGUUCAUCAAUAACUCUUAAAACAUUAUCUGUGUACAUACUGGUACUUGUAAUCUAUUGAAGAAUAUUGAGAUACAAUGUAUGUUGAUAUGGUGAUAUCACUGUCAUAGAGUUCAUUGUGAUAUAAAAUAAACCAUCAUUCAUAUACAA